UUUUUAGUCAUAUUUCGUACUUGAAAGAGUAAACACAUUUAUUUACACUUAAGUAUCUGUUUUGUUUAACUUUGUCUAAUACUAAAUUACACCACAUCUAAAAAACAUGAGUGAUAUAUUAAAAAUUGCUGGAGCUGUAGUGCUCCCCAAUUUGGGAGGCAUUGCUGGUGGAUUUAUAACUAAGAAAAAUAUUAAACCCUGGUACGAAACCUUAAAACAUCCAUCAUUCCGUCCACCGAAUUGGUUGUUUGCUCCAAUGUGGACUACUUUGUAGGCCUGGAGUCCUAUAUUCUUCGGACAACACAAUCUCAAAGGGGGUUUAAUCGACAUAAUUGCUUUGACAGCAACUGCUUCGACUUGUGGUGUUCUAUUCUAUAACAUCAACAAAGUUGCCGGUUGUAUAUUUAUACCAUACAUUGCUUGGUUAGGUUUUGCCUCCCUUCUUAACUACUCAGUCUACAAACUGAACACCAACAAUGGGGACUCGAAAGCUAUUGAAUCAUCUAAGCAAUCGUAGAUAAAUUAAAUAAGUGUGCGGGGUACGCAUGCAAAAACAAAAUAUUGUUGUUGUGUCAUGUUUAAUAAUAUUUGUUUAUUAUUAUACGUUUUUUUUUGCAUUUAAGUGCCUUUUAGAAUAAAUAAAAUGUUAUGGUAAUUUACAUUUAAA